UUAUUUCAAUUCCAAUUCCAACAUUUUGUUUACUGUGUCCAGCGGCAACACAACGAUGUCGUUUUUAAGGUAUGCUGUUUCCGUUUCCUUUCCAAAUUCUAGAUCAUACUCUCAUUCUCUCCAACAUUUCAAUGAUGAUGUUAUUGAUGUUGUUUCCUUGUUCAAUCGAAUGCUCCAUAAGAAACCCACCCCACCCGCCAUUGAAUUUGGCCAGAUUUUAGGCUCUCUUGUCAAAGCCAAACAUUACCCUACUGUUGUUUCCCUUUCUCAACAAAUGGAAUUCAGUAGAGUUACUCCUGAUUUUGUAACUCACAACAUCCUCAUCAAUUCUUUCUCUCAAUUGGGUCAUAUUUCUUUUGCUUUUUCUGUUUUCUCUAAGAUUCUCAAGAGAGGUUAUCACCCUAAUCUCAUAACCUUCAAUACACUCGUCAAGGGUCUCUGUCUCAAAGGUCACCUCCAUCAAGCAUUGCGAUUUCAUGACAACCACAUAGCUCAGGGAUUUCAGUUGGACCAAGUUACUUAUGCGACAUUGAUCAAUGGUCUAUGCAAAGCCGGACAAACAACAGCAGCACUACAAUUGCUCAGACGAGUUGAUGGGAAAUUGGUUCAGCUUAAUUCGCAAGGGAAGGUGAAAGAAGCUCAAAAUGUGUUAGCUGUGAUGAUUAAAAAUGACAUUAAACUUUCUGGUGUUACCUACAAUUCUCUAAUGAAUGGAUAUUGUCUAGUAAAUGAAGUGAACAAAGCCAAUGAUAUAUUCAAUGUUAUGUUCAAAAGGAGACUGACUGCUGAUGUUCGAACCUAUACUAUCAUGAUCGAUGGAUUUUGUAAGGCUAAAAUGGUAGAUGAAGCUAUUAAUCUCUUCAAAGAAAUGCAUUGUAGAAAAAUCAUUCCAAAUACGAUAACUUAUAGUUCCCUUAUUAAUGGCUUGUGCAAAUUGGGAAGAAUCUCAUAUGCUUUGGAGCUUGUCGAUGAAAUGUGUUAUAAAGGUCAACUACCUGAUAUAAUCACGUACAAUUCUAUAUUGGAUGCUUUAUGCAAAAACCAUCAAGUUGAUAAGGCAAUUGCAUUGUCAAGAAAAUUGAAUGAUAAGGGUAUUCACCCAAACAUGUGCACGUAUAAUAUUCUUAUCGAUGGGUUGUGUAAAGUUGGAAGACUAGAGGAUGCACAAAAGGUUUUUGCAGAUCUUUUGGUCAAAGGCUACAAUCUUGAUGUCUUUACAUAUACCGCUAUGAUCCAAGGGUUUUGCGACAAGGGCUUGUUUGAUGAAGCGAUGACCUUGCUGUCAAAAAUGAAAGACAAUGGUUGCCUUCCAAACGCUAUAACUUAUGAAAUAAUUAUCCGUUCUCUUUUUGAUAAAGAUGAGAAUGAUAAGGCGGAGAAACUUCUUUGUGAAAUGAUUGCAAGAGGUCUAUUGUAUGGCUAAAACUAGGUAAGAUAUUUACCUAUUGUUGUACAUUAUUAUUUUGAAUUUAUGUUUCAACACUACUGUUUUAUCAUUUUAUUUAUGAAGUUGAUUCACCUAAUUUCGUUUGGUUGAGUGUGUUUAUGCCUCCCAACUAAUAGAGUGGUGAGUUGCAACUUGAGGGAAAUUGGUUGGAUAUGAAAAGAAAAUUAUUGUCUUAGGAGUGUUGUUGUGUUGAAUUUGUACUAAUUGUAUUACACUUACUCUAGAUAAUACUUAUUAUCAACAAUAGCUUAUAUCUAGAUGCUUUAUAUAGUAAAAAAUUCAUUUCGAUACAAAAGUCAAAUACCUGUGAUGGGAUGAUGGAUAUGAGCAAAGGUCAAGAGACUAAAAGUGAUCCAAGAAUGAAAAAAUAGUUAUGAGAAUUGAGAAAGAGUUAGUUAUCGAAAAAGCACAUUGUGAAUUCUAAUUUUAGUUGUAGUAUUGGGUCUCGUUGCCUUUCACUUGAGAGUUGUUGCUAUUAUUUUUUAAAUUUCAUUGCUGUACUGUACUUAUAAUACUUGAUUGCCUCGUUGGUAUUACUGUCACUUUGAAUAUGUUUCUAGUUUCCACCUCCGAUACGUCUCUUGCAUGAACUCAAGUUUGUGGUUUAUCUUCAAGGGAACAUAUGUUGUCUAGUAUCUGAAUGUGAUUAGGCAAGGAAAUUGCACUUUAGAACAACGGCGGUGCCACUGUCAUAGUUUUGCAGUCAUACGAAACAUGGAGAAGUAGUACAUGAAAUUGUUGAAAACCUUUUCAUUUGUUUACAGGUGAUAUUCUUAGUUUAAAAUGUGAUACCGCAUCGGAAUAAAUCCUCAACACUAGACCUUUUCUGUGUACAUAAUCAUCAUUUAGAGUCUGAACUUUUUGGAAUGUUUCGUUAUUUGUGAAUCUUAAAAAGAAUUGUUAGAGGCCUGCUUAUAAAAUUGACUAUGCUAGAUUUAUAGUUUCUCUUUUCAAACAGCUUUUAAUUGGUUAUAUAUGAAUAUAAAUAUACUCUAACUUAUAGGUAAGCCUUGUAUUAAAAAAUUUAGGAUGAAAUUUUCCAUGCCGUAUCUGUUUUGCUGCAUAAUUUGAAUUCAGCAGUUUGGGGACACUUAUGAAGAGGUAUUGGUAAUAGGAUAAUGGGUUGAUUGACAUUUGGCUUGUUGAGCCUAUUUUAGGGUAACUAAAAUGAGUUGGCACAUAACAAGUAACUUUAUUUGUUCUUUAUAAUAAUAAUAAUUUUAAUCUAGAGUUUAACUGUUUUAGAAUGAUCAACUUAGAAUAGAAAUAAAUUUACUUACAGUGCUUGUUAACCAGCUUAGAAUAGAAAUAGAUUUAGUUAUCAGCUGUGCACUUAAGAAGUAAUAGCAGAAAUAGAUUUACAUAGUAAAGAUUAGGGGUCUGCAAAAUAUCCGGUUUGUCAGAAAAAUAGAUUUUCACACUAUCAAAAAAAUGUGUAAUAUCAUGUGUAAGAUUACCCUCAUAUGAAAGGAUGACCAACAAGGAAGUUGUAGGAGAUAUCUUGAGGUUUUCUAAAAGUCCAAGAUUACCCUCAUAUGAUAAAAAUUGAUCAAGUUAUGAGAUACA